AGCACCUAUAAUUUCAUUCAUAAUAUAAUCAAUUGUGUAAUGCAUUAUAUCUUAAUUUAGGCAUUUGCUCAUGUCAUGCUUACCAUUUUGUUGUGGUAAUGUGUGUUCUAUUGAGGCUCAUUUAUGUAAAUCAUGUGGGUACCGAGUCUUGUAUUUGUCUGAUAAUAUUCCCUUAUUGACCCUUUUAUAACUAGGCCAAACUAGGAAGACUUAAAUAGGAUGAAACUAGGAGAUAUUUUCAGCAGCUCAUCAAUGCUGUAGACUACUGCCACAGUAGAGGCAUGUACCAUAGAGACUUAAAGCCCGAGAAUCUGCUUCUAGACUCAUUUGGUGUUCUCAAGGUUUCAGACUUUGGAUUGAGUGCAUUUUCCCAGCAAGUGCGGGAAGACAUGCUGCUUCACACUACCUGUGGAACCCCAAAUUAUGUUGCUCCUGAGGUAUCAAUUAUGAUGUCAUGGAAAUGGAUGGUCGCUUUGAUGCAAAAAAAUUUUCCUUUCCUUAUUAGUUUCUUGCAUUUGUGAUACUUUUUUCUUUCUUUUUUUUCCCUCUUUCUAUCAAGUGCUCACUGAUAAAGGUUAUGAUGGUACAACAGCUGAUAUAUGGUCUUGUGGGGUCAUUCUGUUUGUUCUUAUGGCUGGAUACUUACCUUUUGACGAGCCGAACCACAUGGCUUUGAAAGAAUUCAAGAACUUAG